ACGAAGACAUCUCUUGAUGUUGAAGUCUAUCUAUCUAUCGGUAAUGGAAGCAGACCCUCUCUUUUUGCAUAUAUCCGUUUUUAAAGCAUGUGGUAUAUGGCCACCUGCCGAGUGGACAUCACUGUGGAAGAGAAUGUUAUAUAAAAGUUACUCAUUCCUAAUUGUUGGGAUAAUAUGUUCAAACUGUGUAUUGCAGUCUGUUGAUGCUUUCACGUCGAUGGGAAGAAUCAACGAUUUAGUUGAAACACUUUAUAUUCUUGCAGCGGGAUGCAAUCUCUCCUAUAAAGCCUUCAACGUAGUAAUAAAACGGCAGGAUAUUAUCAAAUUGUUGGCCUUGCCGAGGUCCAAUCAGUGUCAUGUAUUGAGUUGUGAGGAGGAAGCAUUCAGGAGGAAAUAUCAUCUUCGCGUCAGGAAUUCGACAAUUUUACUAUGCACAGUUCUCGAAUUCACUAUUGUCAACAUGAUCAUAUCAUCAAUCUUCGGCAAUAUUCCGGAACGUACAUUGCCUAUUAAAAUAUGGCUUCCAUCAAAUUUCACUGAGGGAUACAGAUAUUGGAUGAUAUACUGCUCUCAACUGAUAGCUUUCACAUACGCAGGAACAUUCCACGUUUUCUACGAUACAUUUAUUAUUGGCGUUAUGAUAACUCUGUGUGGGCACCUCCAGAUUCUUCAGUACAGGAAUUCCAAAAUGGCUGCACCAGAUAUACAAUUUCAAAAUUAUAACUUUGGAGUUAGUUAUGGCCCCACCAAAUCCGCAAUAGAAAGGAAAUUGAUAAUCAAGUCCAUGGAGCAUUACGAGUUGCUAUUGCAAUUUGCAAAAUCAUUUAACGAGAUUAUUUUUUACGUGAUAUUCGUUCAGUACUCGAUAAGUUGCUUCAUAGUAUGCUUGAGUGUGUAUAGAUUAGUUAACAUGAGUUUCAGUGAUCCUGCGUAUGUCUUUACGAUAUUCUAUUGCGGCACUGUCAUCAUACAGACGUUCAGCUACUGUUGGUUCGGCAAUGAGGUUAUCUUAGAGAGCGCUAAUGUGAGCGAGUCGCUGUAUAAUUCGGAGUGGUAUUCGUUCGAUCUUGCAACAUUGAGGGACUUUUCAAUAAUGCUGCAUAGAGUGCAGAAUCACAUAGAAUUCUCCUGCACUAGGCUGUUCGUUCUUUCUAUUGAUUCCUUCAAAAAUAUUAUGAAGUUGACCUACAGUGGAUUGAAUCUCCUGAUGCAGUCAUCGUAACAUGUUGCAUAUCGUUCGGAAGAUCAAGAAGACAUGAAGGACUUGGGCGAAGA